CAAAGGCAGUGAGUGACUGACCGAGUUACCCCAACUCAGUACCCCCAAAAUUGAAGAUUAGAACAGAAAGAAAAAAAAACACCGGAAAAAUGUUUCUCCGGCGGGUGGCGCGGCCGCUGAUGAUGAUGGCGAAAGUGAAGGAGACGACGGGGAUCGUAGGCCUCGACGUGGUCCCCAACGCCAGAGAAGUGCUGAUCGGGCUCUACACCAAAACCCUAGAAGAGAUCAAGGCGGUGCCGGAGGACGAAGGAUACCGCAAAGCCGUCGAGAGCUUCACGCGCCACCGCUUGAAUGUGUGCAGGGAGGAGGAGGAUUGGGAAUCGAUCGAGAAAAAGCUCGGAUGCGGACAGGUUGAGGAGCUGAUUGAGGAAGCUGAGGACGAGCUCAAGCUCAUCGGUCACAUGAACGAGUGGCAGCCAUGGGGUAUUCCCGAUGAUUACGAAUGUGAAGUAAUCGAGAACGAUGCUCCAGUUCCGAAGCAUGUCCCCUUGCACCGACCCGGCCCACUCCCCGAGGAGUUCUACAAGACGCUGGAAGCCAUUGACACAGGCACUUUGAAGCAGGCUAUUUCAGUCUCCGAAAAGGAAGAACCUGCUAUUACAUCCACCGAAGCACAAGCCAAGUAGCUUUGCUUCAUCAUUUCCCCUUUUGGUUAUUUUUCAUCUGUUGGAAUUUAAAUCUGUUCAGAUUUUUUUUCUGUUUUGUCUUGUGUUCGACACUCUUGCCUUGUCGACAAAAGCUCCAGCCUUUACUUAAUAAAGCUUGUAGUAGAAGGCACAUAAUCUCGGGCAAAGUGGCAUGUAAGAUUGGUAUAUUUGCCAAAGAUUUUUCAGCUUCUAUGCAUUGAUAUUUAAGUGAGAAUCAGACAUCCUGGAUAAUAGUGCACUGAGUAACCAUUUGUUUGAAUAUGUGAGCCUUUGCUUCAUCUGCUUUAUAAUAUUGGAUCUUGAA